AAUACAGUUGUCUGAACCUUGGAACAGGAAAUUAAAAGAGAGAGAGAAACAGAAGCCAGCAGUUUGGAGUAGGAACGGAAGUCAUAAAGAGACAAAGGGACGCCGUUCCGUCCAUUAAAAUCUGCAAAUUCCUAAAUCCUAAGCUAUUGUCGAACGAUACCAUGUUUCCUACGCUUCUACUUUUAUCUAUCUCUUCCAACUUACUCUUUCAAUUCGUUCUGUGAAACCCUAGACUCAGACUGUGUUUUGAGCGUAAAAAAUUUCUUCUGAACUUUAUACAACGUGACUGUGAUGGAUAACCCACGAUCAGUCUCGGCGAAUGGUGAGGACAAUGUUGGGAUUCCAGAUGAUUUGCGUUGCAAGAGGUCAGAUGGGAAACAAUGGAGAUGCACUGCCAUGUCUAUGCCGGAUAAAACAGUGUGCGAGAAGCACUACAUCCAGGCAAAGAGGAGAGCGGCUAAUUCUGCUUUAAGAGCUAGUCUAAAGAAAGCUAAAAGGAAAUCAUUGGGUGAAACUGAUAUAUACUUGGAGAGUAAGAAUGAUGAUUUCGAUACUCCACUUGUGAACAUGAAGGUGGAUGACUAUCCUCUUUCAGCCUCCAAAAAGAAGAACAAAGAAAAGGUAUCAAAAAAUCAGGUCCAGUAUUCACCAGAAACACCUAUAAGAAGUCUUCCUGUGCGAAAUUCUCUAAAGCUGAAUGACGAUUUUCAAAAAGAUGUAGAGCCUGAAGAGAAUUGGAAGUCAUAUAAAACACCACCCCUUUCUACAAUGGACUCAUCCAGGAGUAGGUCACAGAGGAGCUUUGAUGCUAGUGCUAUGACGGAAUACUCUGAUGGAAGCACAGAUUCCUCUGAAGAUGCUGGUGGGCAGACUUGCCAUCAAUGUCGAAGAAAUGAUAAAAACAGAGUUAUUUGGUGUCGCAAAUGUGAUAGAAGAGGCUUUUGCAAUAACUGUAUUUCUGCAUGGUACUCAGAAAUUUCAUUGGAAGAAAUUGAGAAGGUUUGCCCUGCAUGUCGUGGCAUCUGUAAUUGCAAGGUGUGCUUACGAGGGGAUAAUAUGGUAAAGGUAAGAAUACGAGAGAUACCUGUCAUAGACAAGUUGCAAUAUCUCUACUGUCUAUUAUCUUCAGUGCUUCCUGUAGUUAAGCAGAUCCAUCAUGAACAAUGCUCUGAAGUAGAACUGGAGAAAAAAUUUCGUGGAACUGAUAUAGAUCUUGUCCGUGCGAAGUUGAAUGCAGAUGAGCAGAUGUGCUGCAAUAUAUGCAGGAUACCUAUCAUUGAUUAUCACCGGCAUUGUGCAAAUUGCUCAUAUGAUCUAUGCCUUCAUUGCUGUCAAGAUCUUCGUGAAGCAUCAAGACAUCAUCUAGUAGAAGACCAGAUGGGUGGGAGGAAUCGGGACAAAGAGACUGUGUCAAAGGAAGUGAAAGAACCAAGGCCAAGACUCGGUUUUUCUGCCAAGUACCCUGAUUGGAAGGCAAACCGUGAUGGCAGCAUUUCAUGCCCGCCAAAGGAGUAUGGUGGCUGUAAUUAUUCUUCGUUGAAUUUAAAUCGCAUUUUUAAGAUGAAUUGGGUAGCAAAACUGGUGAAAAAUGUGGAGGAAAUGGUUAGUGGUUGUAAGAUCUGCGAGGUUGGUGAUCAGCCAAUAGCUGGGUUAAAUGAUUCCACACUCUCUCAGUAUUCUCACAGGGAGGAAAGUGAUGAUAAUUUCUUAUAUUGUCCAUCAUGUGAAGACAUAAGGGCUAAAGGGAUAAACAAUUUCAGGAAACAUUGGGUUAAGGGUGAGCCUGUUAUUGUGAAGCAAGUAUUUGAUAGCUCAUCCAUCUCAAGCUGGGAUCCAAUGGACAUAUGGAGAGGGAUUCGAGAAACAUCAGUCGAGAAAAUGAAAGAUGAAAACAGAGUAGUGAAGGCCAUAGAUUGCUUAAACUGGUCUGAGGUUGAUAUUGAACUUAGUCAGUUUAUGAAGGGAUACUCAGAGGGAUUAGUUCGGGAAGAUGGUUCUCUACAGAUGUUGAAGUUGAAGGACUGGCCUUCUCCUAGUGCUUCUGAAGAGUUCUUAUUAUACCAGAGGCCUGAAUUUAUUAGUAAAUUGCCUCUACUUGAGUACAUCCAUUCAAAGUUGGGUCUUCUAAAUGUUGCUGCAAAGUUGCCUCAUUACUCCUUGCAGAAUGAUGCUGGGCCCAAGAUUUAUAUAUCUUAUGGGACCUAUCAGGAACUUGGUAAAGGUGAUUCAGUGACCAAUCUCCAUAUCAAGAUGCGUGACAUGGUAUAUCUAUUGGUGCAUACACUUAAAGUGAAGCUAAAGGAUUUUGAGGGAAGUGAGUCACUUGACCAAGAAACAAACUUGGGUGAGGGAACAUCAUCCGAUUUAUCAGUUGGGAGGCAGGAUUUACAGAGUGAAACAAAUACAGCUGCAGACAAGGAUGAAAGAAUGGAGGAUCAAGGGGUUGAAACUACUGCAAUGAUUGGAGAGGUUGAGAAAAUUGACAAUCAAGGGGUUGAAACUAACAGAAUUGAAUACGUUGAGAGAAUAAAGGAUCAAAAAUUAAGGAAAGAUAGUGGAGAUAUCUCUGCAGACACUCGUCCAGGAGUUCACUGGGAUGUCUUUCGUCGGAAGGAUGCUUCAAUAUUAGUUGAUUAUUUGCAAAAACACUUCAAGGAUUUUGGAAAGUCUGACACUGUGAAACAUUCUCUUUAUGAUGGAACGGUUUUCCUGAAUGGGAAUCAUAUGAGAAAAUUAAAAGAAGAAUUCGGAAUUGAGCCAUGGUCAUUUGAGCAGCAUUUGGGGCAAGCUGUCUUUGUCCCUGCUGGAUGCCCUUUCCAAGCGAGGAAUCUUCAGUCCAAUGUUCAGUUAGGUCUUGAUUUCUUAUCACCUGAAAGUGUGGGAGAGGCUGCUAAAUUGGCUGAGGAAAUACGCUGUCUUCCUAAUGAUCAUGAAGCGAAACUUCAGGUUUUGGAGGUAGGAAAGAUAUCACUCUAUGCUGCUAGUUCAGCCAUUAAGGAAGUCCAGAAAUUUGUACUUGAUCCCAAACUUGGUGCAGAGAUUGGGUUUGAGGAUCCAAAUCUAACGGCAGCUGUUUCUGAAAACUUGGAGAAGGUUUCUAAGCAAAGAGAGAUAAGUUGUGCUUGAUUAUUGUACAGUAUUUGUAAUUUAGAUAUAGGAACAUGAGGUUUUGAAGCAUCUGCUAUGAUGCUUGCUGGAAUUUGAAUGUAUAAAUGUAUUUAUAUGUAAUAUCUUGUAAUGUUAGUGGCUUAGUGUCUUCUCCAUUUCCAGCUGUAUGAUUUUCGAGAUUAGUUCCUUGUUUUUCGGACAUUGCGACACUUGUAACUUGUUUUAAGAUACAAGUGAGAGAAUAGUUUGAGGUCA